ACAGUCACUGCAACAAAAAAAGCCAGUCUUCACAACGCCACCUUCCACUGUGCUAUCUCUGAGUGGAAAGCGCGUAGAUUACUGGAUGUGGCUCAAUUACUGUGAAGGUAGACGAGCUUCGGUUUUUUCCCUCUUUUGACAGAAAGAAGCGACGAACACCUCCGAGGACGGAAAAAAACAGCCUGUUCAACGUCGUUCAACUGAAGCUUUGAAAACUUAACCGCGUCGGUUUGAUAUGUUACAUUUCCUCUUGUGAAAUACAAUCAUACUCUCGCUUCGUCUGUCACUGUCAACCGACCAAACCGUCUGUGGUCCUAAUAUCAGUUUAGCAGUCGUGAAUUUUAAAUGUUUUAGCUUUACGGGCAGUUUCUCUAUCGUGAGCACUCAGCGACUUUUCAGUUGCUGAACACCAAAAACAGAAAAAACGGCUUCAGCACUGAGGUAGCAGAGGAGGAGGAAAGUCCCCCGAAACACAUUUGGAAAUGGAGUCGACCAAAGCUGGAGGCGUAAUAGCCUACAUCAGCUCAUCCAGCUCUUCUUCCAGCCCGGAGUCCUGCCACAGCGACUCCUCCAAUGGCAGCUACCAGUCAUCCUCCCCGCCCCACGGCUCCUCAUCCACCCGCCGUCAGCUGGGUCAGCCGGCUAACCCCGCACUGCCCGCCGGGGGCCAAAACCCGUCCGGGACUCAGAAAAGUGGACGAUCAUCCUCCACUGCAAAAUGUGGUAUCACAAAAAUCAACGGCCUGGUGCUGCUGUGUAAGGUGUGCGGCGACGUGGCCUCUGGCUUCCACUACGGCGUCCACGCCUGUGAGGGCUGUAAGGGCUUCUUCAGGAGGAGUAUCCAGCAGAACAUCCAGUACAAGAAGUGCCUUAAGAACGAGAGCUGCCCCAUCAUGAGGAUUAACAGGAACCGCUGCCAGCAGUGCCGCUUUAAGAAAUGCCUGAUGGUGGGGAUGUCUAGAGACUCUGUGCGUUUUGGCCGCAUCCCCAAGCGUGAGAAACAGCGCAUGCUGCUGGAGAUGCAGAGUGCCAUGAACAACAUGAUGAACAACAGCCAGAUGCACAGCAGCCAGGAGCUGCCCAUUGCCAAACCGCUGCCAACCUGCGCCACCCAACCUACCUCAGGGGACACCGGCCCCACCCCCUCCUCUUCUCCAUCGUCCUCACUAUGCUCCAGCCAAUCAGACUCCAGCUCUGACCCUCAACUGACUGUGGCCAUGGACACCAGCCCCAGCUCAUCCUCUCCCAAUGCUUCAGACAGCGGGGAGGAAGAGGUGAUUGGCUCGGUGACCAGAGCCCACCAGGAGACCUUCAUGUACAACCAGGAGCAGAGCAGCCUGACAGGCGAGGCCCCGCCCCCCUCAGGCCUGCAGAACAGUGGUGCCGCCAAAAACACCACCAGCCACCGGAUUGAGGAGCGACAGGAUGCCUGGAACCACCACAACAACCUGGUCACUAUGACAACCCAAGACCCCCCUUCCAGCCUGGGCCCUCAGGGUCCAGAGGUCAGCAGCAGCAGCAGCCACUGCCCCUUUAGACUGUCCAGGAGCGCUGCCAGCAGCCAUUGUCCCGCCUACGCUCACGGAGCCUUCAGAGCUCCGUCCACAGAGGGCCCCGCCAACGGAGCCUACAGUGGGCCCCUGUGGAGAGGAGGCAACAGGAUGCAUCUGGUUUGUCCCAUGAACACAUCUCCUCAAGUGGACCCUCAGAAGUCUGGCCACGAGGUUUGGGAGGAGUUCUCCCACAGCUUCACCCCUGCUGUCAGGGAGGUGGUGGAGUUUGCCAAGAAGAUCCCAGGCUUCAGAGACCUGUCCCAGCCAGACCAGGUCAGCCUGCUGAAGGCCGGCACCUUUGAGGUGCUGGUGGUUCGUUUCGCCUCGCUGUUCGAUGUGAAAGACCGCACUGUCACCUUCCUGGGUGGGAAGAAGUACAGCAUGGACACCCUGAGGGCCAUGGGUGCCGGGGACCUCCUCAACUCCAUGUUUGACUUUAGCGAGAAGCUCAUCAACCUCGGCCUCAGCGAAGAGGAGAUGAGCCUCUUCACUGCAGUGGUCCUGGUCUCUGCAGAUCGUUCUGGCAUCGAGAACGUGAACUCGGUGGAGGCCCUGCAGGAGACGCUGAUCCGCGCCCUGCGAAGCCUCAUCACCAAGAACCAUCCCAACGAGUCAGCCAUCUUCACCAAACUGCUGCUCAAACUGCCCGACCUGCGCUCCCUCAACAACAUGCACUCUGAGGAGCUGCUGGCCUUCAAGGUCCAUUCCUGAAGUCAUACUUGACCCCCCCCCCCCCCCCAAACACAAACACAAACUGAAACGCCAGUAAGCGGACGUGGACCACUGUCUCCCCAUACCUCCUACUCAACCACAACCACACCUCCACACUUCUCCCGACGGUUCUUUUCCUUCUGUCUAUAACUUGAACUGAAAGCUCAAAGCUUUCAUUGAAAAAGGGGGAAGACGACCAUAAAAAUGUCCUUGUACUGUACUGUAGGGCGUAACAGCCUGUGUGAUGGUAAUGCAUACAUACAGACACACUGAGUGAUGUAUAUGUUUCUUGUGUUUGUGUGUAGCAGACUGUACCUUAGCAACUGUACAAAUGUUAGAAGCACUUUUCUGUAUAGUGUAGACUGGUAUUUUUGCAUUCAUAGUGCAAUAUGUGACUGCUUUUUGAUUUGAGCUGUAUAGUGAGGAGUCAAGAAACUUAUGGCAGACAUUUAAUCAUUUUGAAUAGGUGCUGUGUUCACGUGAUAAGGGGGAGUUGUAAACCUGAAACCCCGUGGACACCGAAUGAGUGAUGAGGAGAAUCCUCUUUAAAAACAAACAAAACUUUUUAAAAAUGCAGACGACAAUGAGAGGAAUGUGGAAGAGUUCCAGCUUCCCAGCGUGGUCGGAAAAAUCACGAGAAUGUCUGUUUGUUUUCGAAUGAAUCCAGAGAGCAAAAGAAGACGAUCCUUUUAUUUCAGGCUUUACACAGAGUUGUGUACGUGCUAUGCUGUGGGGUUUUUUUCUUUUUCUUUUUUUGUCAAUUUCGUGUGAUUUUUUUUUUCUAAAUUAUUCGGGCAUUGUGACAAAUCAAAUGUAUUCAGUGUCACUCUUAAUUGCUAUAUCCGAUUUCCACACAUGGAUCUGUGGAAACGGAGAAAACACUGAACCACUGAAGUUUUGGACUUGUUUCAGCAUCUUGAAGAUGCAUUGUCACUCUCAUAUUUUACUUAAAGAAAAAAAAAAAGUCUUCUGUCCUGCCUGUCCCAGGUCGUGUCGAGACACUUGGUGUUGCUGUCGGACGCCGAACGGCAGAGAAGCGUUGCUUUGGGUGUCGACUCGCAGACACCAGCAACUCCCACCUGCUUCUAUAGACUUUUUUUUUUUCAUUUGUUUGACAAACUGUACAGAUUUUAGUUGACUAUAGUUAAACUGAAUAGUUAGGAUUACCACAUAAAAAAAUAUGAUUGUAUUAUUACUGAAGCGAUUGUAAUUUAAAGAAUAAGCUGAGUCAAGGUGACAGCCGAGUUGCUGACGUUCAGAUAUUUUUGCGACGCCAUCUUUUUGUUCCAUUCGUUCCCCAUCAAUGAAUUCAGAAUGUCUCGCCUUGAAUAUCCAGAGCUUCUGUCAUUGUGUUAACAUUGCUGACAUGUGGUUCUGUUCUCCUCUGUGAAAGGAUUGCAGUAUGCAUAGAUUUCUAUAUAAGUAUAUACAUAUUAUCAUACAUACAUUACUGUAUAGAUGAAUAUAUCUAUAUAAAUACAUUUUAUAAAUGCAGUUCUCUUGCUGAUGUGGUUAUUUCAUGUGUCUGUCUUUGAAUUAAGCAAAAUCAACUGUUAGUUUUUGCAUGGGAACAUUUUGAAGGCACGUAAUAUGAAAAUCAAAGAACAUAAGAAAAGUUAAGAAACUAUAAUUGAGCAUUAAAGGACAAAGCUUUAUCUCCGAA